UUGAAUCACCAUGGCGACCGAGGGCCGCGGGGCCACGCCCUUUCCGCCGGAAGUUGGUUCCGGAGCCUCCACGUGCGGUCCCUCCCCCGCCCCGCCGGCCCGGUAGCGGCAGCUCCAGCGCUGCCAUGGAGCCCGCCGGCCUGGAGCGGAUCCUCCGGGAGCUACUGCAGCCGGACACCGGGCGCAUCCGCCGGGCCACCGAGCAGCUCCAGACCGCUCUUCGGGACCCAGCCGCCCUGUCCGCGCUCAGCGACCUGCUGGUCUCGGCGACCGACCCGCAGAUCCGCCAGUUCGCCGCCUUGCUGACCCGCAGACGCGUGAGCACCCGCUGGCGACGCCUGUCACCGCAGCAUCGGGACAGCCUCAAGUCCCUGGUCCUGAUGGCCCUCCAGAAAGAGACCGAGCACUCUGUGAGCCUUAGUCUGGCCCAGCUGUCAGCCACCAUCUUUCGGAAGGAAGGCCUGGAGGCCUGGCCGCAGCUCAUGCAGCUCCUUCAGCGCAGCACCCACAGCGCCCACACAAUGGAGCGGGAGGUGGGGCUUUUGCUGCUUAGCGUUCUGGUGCACUCCCGGCCCGAGGCUUUCCAACCCCACCAUAAGGAGCUGCUACGGCUUCUAAACGAGACCCUCGGAGAGGUGGGCUGUCCGGGGAUCCUCUUCUACUCCCUGCGCACUCUGACCGCCAUUGCCCCUUACCUCGGCGCCAAUGAUGUGCCUCUCGCGCGGACACUGGUGCCCAAGCUCAUCACGGCUGUGCAGGCUUUGAUCCCUGUAGACGAGGCGAAAGCCUGUGAGGCCUUGGAAGCCCUGGAUGAACUGCUGGAGUCGGAGGUGCCCAUCAUCACCUCCCACCUCUCAGAGGUGCUCACUUUCUGCCUGGAGGUGGCGAAAAAUGUGGCCCUGGGUGAUGCCAUACGUGUGCGAAUUCUCUGCUGCCUCGCUUUUUUGGUGAAAGUCAAGAGCAAGGCCUUACUGAAGAACCGUCUCUUGCCACCCUUGCUACACACCCUCUUCCCCAUUAUGGCUGCUGAGCCCCCCCCGGGCCAGCUUGAUCCUGAGGACCACGAAUCAGAGGAGGAGGAGCCGGAGAUUGGAGUGCUAGGGGAGACGCCCAAGCACUUUGCUGUGCAGGUUGUGGAUAUGAUGGCACUACACUUACCCCCUGAGAAGCUCUGUCCCCUGCUGAUGCCCAUGCUGGAAGAAGCCUUACAGAGCGCAAACCCAUACCAACGCAAGGCUGGCCUCCUGGUGCUGGCUGUGCUGUCCGACGGAGCCGGCGACCACAUCAGGCAGAGACUGCUGCCCUCAGUGCUGCAGAUCGUGUGCAAGGGCCUGGAUGACCCGUCACAGGUGGUGCGCAAUGCCGCGCUGUUCACCCUGGGCCAGUUCUCAGAGAACCUGCAGCCCCAUAUCAGCAGCUACUCGGGAGAGGUGAUGCCCCUGCUCCUUGCAUACCUGAAAGCCGUGCCUUCGGGGCACACAAACCACCUUUCCAAGGCCUGCUAUGCCCUGGAGAAUUUCGUGGAGAACCUGGGGUCGAAAGUGGAACCUUACCUGCCGGAGCUGAUGCAAUGCAUGCUGCAACCACUGCAGACCCCUUGCAGCCUCCGGGCCAAGGAGCUGGCUGUGAGCGCUCUGGGGGCCAUUGCCACGGCGGCCCAGACCUCCCUGCUGCCCUACUUCCCCACCAUCAUGCAGCACCUGCGCGAGUUCCUGGUCCCGGGACACGAGGAACUACAGCCCGUGCAGAUCCAGAGCCUGGAGACCCUGGGGCUGCUGGUGCGAGCCGUUGGGGAGUCCAUGCGGCCUCUGGCUGAUGAAUGCUGCCAGCUGGGCCUGAGCCUCUGCAGCCACGUGGACGACCCCGACCUGCGCCGCUGCACGUACAGCCUGUUUGCAGCCUUGUCCGGGCUGAUGGGUGAGAGCCUGGCACCCUACCUGCCACAGAUCACCACGCUCAUGCUGAUGUCGCUGCGGUCCACAGAGGGCAUUGUGGCCCAGCACGACAGUGCUAGCUCCUUCUUGCUGUUUGAUGACGACGACACGAGUGACGAGGAGGAGGAGGAGCUCAUGGAGGAGGACGAGCCAGAGGAGGACGACUCUGAGAUCUCCGGGUACAGCGUGGAGAACUCCUUCUUCGAUGAGAAGGAGGAGACCUGUGUGGCACUAGGGGAGAUCUCAGUGAACAGCAGCGUGGCCUUCCUGCCCUACAUGGAGAAGGUCUUCGAGGAGGUGUUCAGACUGCUGGAGUGCCCUCACGUGGACGUGCGCAAGGCAGCUCAUGAGGCCCUGGGGCAGUUCUGCUGCUCGCUGCACAAGGCCUGCCAGAGCUGCCCCUCGGAGCCCAACAAGACCGCGCUGCAGGCCGCCCUGGCCCGCGUGCUGCCCUCCUACAUCCAGGCCGUGCGUGGGGAGCGGGAGCGCUCAGUGGUGAUGGCGGUGCUGGAGGCCCUGACAGGGGUGCUGCGGGUCUGCGGGGUCCUGGCGCUGCAGCCCCCUGGGCGCCUUGUGGAGGUCUGCAAUGUGCUCAAGGCCGUGCUGCAGCACAAGACGGCCUGCCAGGAUGCGGAGGAGGAGGAGGAGGAGGAGGAGGAGCAGGCCGAAUAUGACGCCAUGUUGCUGGAACACGCCGGGGAGGCCCUCCCUGCCCUGGCAUCCGCAGUCGGGGGAGACGUCUUCGCCCCCUUCUUUGCUGGCUUCUUGCCGCUGCUGCUUGGCAAGACGAAACAGGGCUGCACCGUGGCCGAGAAGUCCUUUGCGGUGGGGACGCUGGCCGAGUCCGUCCAGGGCCUGGGCACCGCCUCGGCCCAGUUUGUGUCCAAAUUGCUCCCCGUGCUGCUGAGCGCGUCUCGGGAGGCUGACCCUGAGGUGCGCAGCAAUGCCAUCUUCGGGCUAGGCGUGCUGGCUGAGCACGGAGGCCGGCCAGCCCAGGAACACUUCCCCAAGCUGCUGGGGCUCCUGCUGCCCCUCCUGGCAAGGGAGCGCCAUGACCGCGUCCGCGACAACAUCUGUGGGGCCCUGGCACGCCUGAUGAUGGCCAAUCCCACCAGGAAACCUGAGCCCCAGGUGCUGACAGCCCUGCUGCACGCACUGCCCCUGAAGGAGGACCUAGAGGAGUGGGUCACCAUGGGCCAUCUCUUCAGCUUCCUCUACCAGAACAGCCCUGACCAGGUGGUGGACGUGGCUCCGGAGCUGCUGCGCAUCUGCAGUCUCAUUCUGCCCAACGAUAAGAUCCCAGGAGACACCACCUCUUCCAUGCGGCUGCUCCUGACGUUCUUGGCCAAACAGCACACCGACAACUUCCACUCAGCGCUGGGCUCACUUCCCAGUGACAAGGCCCGAGAGCUCCAGGCCGCCCUGGGCCUAACCUAGACUGCACCACAGCGGGGCCAGAGAAGAGCCCGCCGGGACCCCAGACGCCUCUCUGGCCAGUUCCAGCUCAUGCCUUACCAAAGAUUCUGGGCCUCACCCCACUCGCUGCCUUAUGGGGGUGUCCCCAGGGUUCUCUCUGUACUGCUGUGGGACAAUGCAGGUGGACAUCAUACUGUAAUAAAGGCAGUUGGUUUUCUGCUUGACGGGGAGACACUCAGAAACG